AUGAGCCACCAUACUCAAGAUGCUACCAAAGCUGCUUAUCAUUUGAACGAUUAUUCAGUUUUACCAUAUAUAUCCCGUAUUAAUGAAGCAAAAAGACAAUUAAGAGUAGAUGUUCAUUCUGGAAAAGUUAUGAAACAACGACACGAUGAUGAUGAUGUUAAUGACGAUGAAAAAGAAGUUUUAUCAAAUAACGACGACGGUCGUGUUUUUGAUGCAUCAUCCUUUGUUAACAAUACAACAUUCGAUAAUGAAGAUGAUACAGUAUUUAUUCAUGGAGACAACAGCUACAACAGUAAUGAAAAAAACGAUGAAACCGAUGUUGAUGAUUAA